GUGCUCAGGGGAAACAUGGCAGUACUGCAUUGUCCCGUUCCUACCUUCGUGCGGGAUUAUGUAAAAGUCAUGUCAUGGGAGAGGAUGGAUGGUUUUCUAAUAACUUCAAGCAUCAUUAGUGGUAAAUAUGGCAUGUUAGAUAAUGGAGAUUUAUACAUAAAAGACACAACGGAUCACGACAGCAGAUACAGUUUUAGAUGCCAUGUUGAAAACGUUGUAACAAAAGAAAAAAGAAUCAGUAGAAAUUAUGCACGAAUUAUUGUUACAGAUCCACACCACAGUCAAGCGCCCAGAAUAACGAGGCGAAUUAAUCGAUUAUCAGUAAAAUCUGGAGAGAGAAUUACUUUACCCUGCAUAGCACAAGGAUAUCCUAUUCCCAAUUACAGAUGGCGGAAACACUUCGCUGAUGAGAUGAGUAUAUCAGGAUUAGGAUCAUCAGUUCGGCAAGAGGGAGGAAUUUUAAUCUUUGAGAAAAUUACUUCAUCAAGUGCAGGAAAAUAUACCUGCUACGUUAGCAACACAAUGGGAGAGGAUAAAAUGGACACAGAACUUGUGGUGGAAGAGCCUAUACAAAUCUCCAUCGUACCCACUAACCUGCGUGUAGAUAUCGGACGAAAUGCAACAUUCAACUGCACUAUUUAUGGUGGUCCUGUUGAUUCUGUAAUAUGGAGGAAGGAUAUGAGAUUCUUAAAUUCCAAUCCCCACAUUACAUACCCUGCCCCUACCGUGCUACAAAUCUCCAGGACGGCGAGACAAGAUGCUGGAAUGUACCAGUGCUUCGCCCAUAGAGACUAUGAGGUUGUCCAAGCAUCAGCUCAGCUUCUUAUUGGAGAUGUUGCUCCAAAGCUGAAAACCACUUUCCCGGAGAAAAUAAUCCGAUCAGGAAGCUAUGUAUCACUUAUGUGCGUCGCAACGGGUAAUCCUGCCCCGCAGAUGAAAUGGACCAUGGAUGGUAUAUGGCCACUGUCCACUCGACCGGGCACCCUAGUUAGCACUUACUUAAGUAACCACGGCGAGGUCUUCAGCUACGUCAACAUCACGUCUGUGGAUGUUACGGACAGUGGCGUUUAUUCUUGUGAGGCGUAUAAUGAUGCUGGGAGCGUGGUGCAUGCCAGGAGAUUGAAUGUUUUCGGAAAUCUCUUUGUCCGACCCCUCAAUAACUUAAGUGCUCUGUCUGGCGAAGCAUUUUCUGUGAUUUGUCCGUUCGGAGGAUAUCCUUUUGACACAAUUAUUUGGAAAAGAGAUGGCCGGCAACUACCAGUAAAUCAAAGGCAGCGCGUUUUUCCAAACGGAACUUUGCAUAUUUCCGAAAUGCAGUCAGGUGUUGAUGAUGGCUUAUACGGCUGCGAAGUAAUUUAUGGACAAGGAGUUCCAGCAUCAAGGACUUUUUCAAUAAUAAUUAGAACUCCUCCAGUUGUUAACAAUUUCAGCUUCCCUGCCAAUCUUCAUGAAGGUAUGAGGACUGCUGUUACGUGUAUUGUUAUAACGGGUGAUCCACCAAUUACAACUAGAUGGUUGAAAGAAGGGCUUCCAAUAGAUGAAGAGGACUUAGAUGGAAGCAUUAUUUACGCAGGAAAUGGAUUUAUAUCAACACUUUCUUUUAACAAUUUGGCUUAUAAGCACAAUGGAAAUUAUUCCUGCCUAGCAACAAAUGAUGUCGGUACUGGAACUUCCAAUGCAAGAAUGAUCGUGAAAGUGCCCCCAAGAUGGAUAUUGGAACCCAGGGACACCUCUGCUAUUGCAGGGAAACCUUCACGAAUCGAUUGCCAAGCUGAUGGGGUUCCGCAGCCCCAUGUCCGGUGGAAAAUGUCCACAAAUUCUCCACCAGAUGAUUUUAAAACAAUUGUAAGCAGCUCUCAUGUUCAUAUUCUUGUCAAUGGGUCUUUGAAUUUUAGAAGUGUUGAAGCUUUGGAUGAGGGUUCGUAUCUUUGUGAAGCCAAUAAUGGAGUUGGUCUAGGAUUGAGCACAGUCGUUCGACUUACAGUUCACAGUGCUCCAAAGUUUGACACAAAGUUUUCAGUUCAGACAUCAAGAAGAGGGGAGAAAAUAGUUUUACACUGCAUUGCUCACGGAGAUUUACCCAUUAAUUUUUCUUGGAGGAAAAACGGUGUACUUAUUGAUCCUGUCUUAAAACCAAGGUACAGCCAGAGCUCAGAGGACCUAAGGGAGGGUGGUGGAGUGAAAUUGAUUAUCGAAAAGACCGAAAGAGAAGAUUCUGCUUCCUUUACCUGCACAGCAGUCAACGAUUUUGGAGAAGAUUCCAUGAAUUUUCAAUUAACCGUCCAAGAUGUUCCCGACGCUCCCCAGAAUUUGGAAAUACAUGAUGUUGGCAGCCGAUCCGUCCGAUUGACAUGGAAUAGACCAUUUGAUGGCAAUUUACCAAUUCUUAAGUACACAGCCGCUUGGAGGGAUUUAGAAGGUCAGGCAGUAGGAGGACCUUUAACUAUCACGUACGAAGAGACAACAUUAACUAUUAGAAGUUUAAGGCCAAAAACUCGAUAUUUUUUUCGAGUUAAAUGUGAGAAUUCCCUUGGUGAGAGCCAGUAUGGAGCAGAAGUAGCUGUUACAACUCUGGAAGAACCCCCUAGAGAUGCACCGUUAUCUGUAAAAGCAGUUCCAACAUCAUCCAGAGCUGUCAAUGUCAGCUGGCAGUCUCCAAAAAGCAGCGAUGGUGCCGGAAAUGUCGAUGGAUUUUAUGUAGGAUACAAAGUGCGGGGUGGAACCGAACAAUAUACUUUCAAAUCUGUGCCUUCCUCUCAAGAAUUUUUUCAGCACUUUGAAAUACAAAAUUUAAAUAGAUAUACUGAUUACAGCAUCGUUGUUCAGCCAUUUAACAGCAGAGGACCUGGGCCACCUUCGGAGGAAGUGGAAGUUCGAACAAUGGAAUUCGACAGCCCAGGAACGCCAGCUAUAAAAUCCUACUACACUACUUCCAAGACGAUAAAAGUAGCGUGGGAAAUAAAUAUAACACCAGAUGCACCUGUUUCAGGAUACAGCAUAUAUCUGAGGAUAGAAGGAGGCUCUUGGCAAGAAACACGUCUCCGCGGAGAUCACAAGGAGCACGUGUUCCACGAUCUUCAAUGUGGUUCCAAAUAUUACUGCUACAUAGUGGCCUACAACAGUGCCGGUAGAGGAAAUGGUAGUGAAACAAUAGCAGUAAAAACAGACGGAAAUGCUCCAAUAGCACCAGAUAAAAGAUACCUGCUCAAUCUUAACUACACAACUUUGUUCAUAAAUCUUAAUAGUUGGCAUAGUGGUGGAUGCCAGAUAAGAUCGUUUAUCAUUCAUUACAAAGCAAAUAGCCAACAAGACUGGACCCUGGUCAGCAAUAACAUUAUUCCAGAGCAGCAAAACAUAACCAUAAUGGAUCUAAUACCAGGAACUUGGUAUUCUCUUAUGAUGAAAGCACAAAAUGAUGCUGGGGCAACAGAUGCAGAAUACGUGUUCGCUACAAUGACAGUGAGUGGAGAAUUUCCUCCAAGGCCUUCUGAAGUCAGUGACGUUGGUGGUUCGUUUUACAGGCAUCUCUUAAUAACAGUUCCGGUUGUGAGUUCUGCGAUAGUUUUGAUUGUGGUGCUGCUUGUCGUCUGUAUGAUAACACGUAGAAGGACGACUGGGAGAAGAACAUUACCUUCGGACGGAAAUGAUUGCAAUGAUCCAAUUAAGCCAGAAUCUAUGCCUUUGUCUUCCACAUAUGAGACAAGUCAAGAACCAGCUUACUUUCCAGCACCGUACGCAGCAAGUAGAGUUCCUGGAUAUAACAGAGAAGCAUGCGCACACCCAGGUCUAGGAAAUCAGCAAAACAUGGGGACAUUUGGAAGUUCUCGGAGUGGAUACACAUACGAUAUACCGUAUCCUCCCAGAAAGCAAAUGGAUAAAUCUGACGGAAAUUAUGAAUCGCCAAUUUUGUACUUCCCUGUAUAUUCUAAAGAGCUAAGCAGUCAUCAAAGACAUAUGAGCUGUGACAUAUCUAGUAGAAAAUGCCGGAGUGUUAGAUCGUGGAGGAAAGUUGAUGAGAGCCCAUCAAGUGGUGACUCUGACGACGGUCAAAUAAUCAUUGGUCAAGAAGAUAGAAUUGUGAAAGAAGAAUGCAGAGAAUCAGAAACAGAAUGUGAUAGAAUAUGGAAAUCUCUAGAAGAUUGUAAAUAUGAGGCAAAUAAAAGAUGGGCAGAACACGCUGUUUCUAUUAUCACCUAAAACUAUGCGUCCUAAUUGAAUUAUGGAAUCAUUACGGAUGAUCUGUUGAAUGCGAAGAUAAAAAUUCAACUGUAUUUAAAAGGUUCUUUGAUUUUUAUACAUGUUUCAUGAAAAUGUACCAUCACUAAAACAUUUUCC